CGGCGGGUGGGGCCUCCGCGGGCGGAGGCACCGGGAGCGGGAGCGACGCCUGUCAACGCUCCAGGCCUAGCAGGAGGACUCGCCAACAUCCCUGCUGCCGCGCUCGGCCCCGGGCGUGCCGGUGGCUGCUCCCACUUCUGGGCCUGUGCCGGGGGCCGCCCAGGGGCUCUGCUAUCUUGGCACUGCAGACCCGGCAGGCACAGUCUCGGACUGGGCUCUCUCUCCUCGAGGGCAGAGCCGUGGGGCGGAAGCUGGCUGGUUGACCCACAGCGGCCACGGCCAUGCCCACCUGGCCCUGGGGGCUGUUGCUGACCGCGGGCACGCUCUCCGCUGCACUGGGCCCAGGGCUGCCGGCCACCGCCGACCCCUGCUAUGACGAGGCGGGUGAGCCCCGCUGCUGUGUUCCUGGCCUAGUGAAUGCUGCCCUGGGCCGAGAGGUGCUGGCGUCCAGCACGUGCGGGAGCCCGGCCAAUCGCGUCUGCGAUUCCUCCGACCCGCAGCGGGCACACUCCGCAGACCUCCUGACCUCUGCUCCGGGCACCGCAAGUCCUCUGUGCUGGCGCUCCGAUUUGCUGCAACGGGCACCCUUCAACAUAACCCUCACGGUGCCCCUGGGGAAGGCUUUUGAGCUGGUCUUCGUGAGCCUGCGCUUCUGCUCAGCUCCCCCGACCUCCGCGGCCCUGCUUAAGUCGCAGGACCAUGGCCGCAGCUGGGUGCCCCUGGGCUUCUUCUCCUCCAGCUGUGGCCUGGACUACGGCCGUCCGCCCGCUCCUGCCGAUGGCCCUGCCGGUCCAGGGCCAGAGGCCCUGUGCUUCCCGGCCCCCCAGGCCCAGCCUGACGGUGGGGGCCUUCUGGCCUUCAGUGUGCAGGAUGGCAGCCCGCAGGGCCUGGACCUGGACAACAGCCCCGUGCUGCAAGACUGGGUCACUGCCACCGAUAUUCGCAUAGUACUCACACGGCCUGCCGCACAAGGGGACACCAGGGACGGUGGGGUCACAGCCCCCUACUCCUACUCGGCCGCUGAGCUCCAGGUGGGAGGCCGCUGCAAGUGCAACGGGCAUGCCUCACGGUGCCUGCUGGACACCCAAGGCCGCCUGACCUGUGACUGCCAGCACGGCACGGAAGGCCCCGAUUGCAGCCGCUGCAAGCCCUUCUACUGCGACAGGCCGUGGCAGCGGGCUACAGGGCAGGAGGCCCACGCUUGCCUCGCUUGCUCCUGCAAUGGCCAUGCCCGAAGAUGCCGCUUCAACAUGGAGCUGUACCGACUGUCCGGCCGCCGCAGCGGCGGGGUGUGCCUCAACUGCCGGCACAACACUGCCGGCCGCCACUGCCACUACUGCCGGGAGGGCUUCUACCGCGACCCAGGCCGCACCCUGAGUGACCGCCGCGCUUGCAGAGCGUGUGACUGCCACCCGGUUGGUGCCGCUGGCAAAACCUGUAACCAGACCACAGGCCAGUGUCCGUGCAAGGAUGGGGUCACUGGCCUCACCUGUAACCGCUGCGCGCCGGGCUUCCAGCAGAGCCGGUCUCCUGUGGCGCCCUGUGUCAAGACCCUUGUCCCUGGACCCACCGAAGAGAGCAGUCCUGUGGAGCCACAGGACUGUGAGUCACACUGCAGACCUGCGCGUGGCAGCUACCGAAUCAGCCUCAAGAAGUUCUGCCGGAAGGACUACGUUGAAUUUUCUAGAUGCAAGAGAAAUCAGAGCUGUGUGGAUAUUUACCAAAACUCACUGAAGCCGCCCCCUGUGACAUUGUUGGACAGUUCUACCACCCAGAUCAGAAAGGGUGUGUGGGAUGACAGACUGGUUAACAGAAAACCCCCAGAGACGGGGCUGCAGGAUUUAGCUGUUCUUUACUCCCUCUGGCAGCCUGGGACCUGCCUCCUGGGCACAUCAGGCACCAUGGACUCCCCAGGGUACAAUUGCUUUGUGGACAGGGACAAGAUGGAAGCGUCCAUCCGGGACCUGGGGCCAAAGGAGCUGAACUGCACUGAGCUGCAGGAGCUGAAGCAGCUAGCACGCCAGGGUUACUGGGCCCAGAGCCACGCCCUGCGGGGGAGAGUGUACCAGCGCCUGAUCCGGGACAUCCCCUGCCGCACCGUCACCCCCGACGCCAGCGUGUACAGCGACAUUGUGGGCAAGAUUGUGGGCAAGCACAGCAGCCGCAGCCUGCCCCUGCCUGAGUUUGUAGACAACACUCAGGUGCCCACCUACUGCCUGAACACACGGGGAGAGGGCGCUGUGCGCAAGAUCCUCCUGUGCAUUGCCAACCAGUUCCCCGACAUCUCCUUCUGCCCUGCCCUGCCUGCCGUGGUGGCCCUGCUCCUGCACUACAGCAUUGACGAGGCAGAGUGCUUCGAAAAGGCCUGCCGCAUCCUAGCCUGCAAUGACCCCAGCAAGAAGCUCAUCGACCAGAGCUUCCUGGCCUUCGAGUCCUCCUGCAUGACAUUUGGGGACCUGGUGAACAAGUAUUGCCAGGCAGCCCACAAACUGAUGGUGGCCGUGUCAGAGGACGUCCUGCAGGUCUACUCCGAUUGGCAGCGAUGGCUGUUUGGGGAACUGCCCCUCAACUACUUUGCCCGUGUUUUUGAUGUCUUCCUUGUAGAAGGCUAUAAGGUGUUGUACAGAGUUGCUCUGGCCAUCCUCAAGUUCUUCCACAAGGUGAGAGCAGGACAGCCCCUGGAGUCAGACAAUGUAAAGCAGGACAUCCGCAUGUUUGUCAAGGACAUUGCCAAGACAGUGUCUCCUGAGAAACUACUAGAGAAGGCCUUUGCCAUACGCCUAUUUUCCCGAAAGGAGAUCCAGCUCUUGCAGAUGGCCAAUGAGAAAGCACUGAAGCAGAAAGGCAUUACUGUCAAGCAGAAGAGUGUCUCACUUUCUAAAAGGCAGUUUGUGCACUUGGCUGUCCAUGCAGAGAACUUCCGCUCGGAGAUUGUCAGUGUGAAGGAGAUGAGAGACAUUUGGUCCUGGAUCCCUGAGCGUUUUGCCCUCUGUCAACCCCUCCUGCUCUUCUCCUCACUGCAGCAUGGGUACAGCCUGACCAGGUUCUAUUUCCAGUGUGAAGGACACGAGCCCACCCUCCUACUCAUCAAGACCACGCAAAAGGAGGUUUGCGGGGCUUACCUGUCCACAGACUGGAGCGAGAGGAACAAGUUCGGGGGCAAGCUGGGAUUCUUCGGGACUGGAGAAUGCUUUGUUUUUAGGCUGCAGCCGGAGGUACAGCGUUAUGAGUGGGUGGUCAUCAAGCACCCAGAGUUGACCAAGCCAACAUCCUUCAAGUCCUCAGAGUCUGCAGCCAGCCCUUCUCUCCUCAGCCACUCUGUCUCUUCCGACCCUGCUGAUCGGCUCUCACCUUUUCUGGCUGCCCGGCACUUCAACCUGCCCUCCAAGACUGAGUCCAUGUUCAUGGCUGGGGGCAAUGACUGCCUCAUCAUUGGGGGAGGAGGUGGCCAAGCACUGUACAUUGAUGGGGAUCUGAACCGAGGCCGCACCGGACACUGCGACACUUUCAACAACCAGCCCCUCUGCUCUGAGAACUUCCUCAUCGCAGCCGUGGAGGCUUGGGGCUUCCAAGACCCUGACACCCAGUGACCGGCCUGCGUUGAUGAGCCUGAAGCUCUUGCUGCACCUCCCUGCAAGUCCAUACCUGAAGGUGGCCUCUGGAGAGACUUUCUUUGACCAGCUUGAGCAGUCAGCUCCAUUCCCAGGGUUCUCCUCAGAGAUGACUGGACUCAGUGAGGCUUUUGCCUCCUUGAACUCGUGUAGUUUCGGUGACUUCUGUGUUUCCUUCCCUUGUCACUGUAGUGACUGCGGCCCAGGGUCACCCCGACCCUAGCAUGGCAUGCUUGUCCCAGUCCUGCCUUCCGCCUUCUCCUCAGGCCCUCUGCUUCCCUAGACCUCCUCACACAGCACCUGAUAAACCGAUGUGACCUGAUCCCUCUGCUGCCACUAUGGCUGGCUAUGUGCCGUGUUCUCUGUGGGCUACCCCUUCUCCCAUUAUGGCUUUCAGGUCUCUGGACGUCUGUGCUUCCUGAGGCCUGUACUGGCUGGGUACACAGUAGGUGACAAGGGAAGCACUCCCUCUGAGGACUAUAGCAAGCUCCGUUUCCCCCUGCCCUCCCUCCCAUCCUGUGACCUCCCUCAGCUGGUCCUGAGGGUCUGGGUAACACAGAGGAAGAGAGAAGAAGCAGUGGCCCAAAUGGCUGUGCUGGGGCCAUAGAUGUCUGGAUGAUAAAAACAGGUGCCUGGUUCUCACAUGACUGUCUGGUGAGCCUCAGAGUCAGCAUGUGUCACACCAGUGCUUGUCUCCAUGCUGAUACUCACUUUUGCUGUGGGUGGUUCCAUGUUCUGUGUAUUCAUGUCAGCUCUCAGCAGGGUCACAGUGGCACAGGAGGCAGGGCUGGAAGGAGCCCCGUGCAACUUUGGGCCAUCUGGCAAAGCCGCCUAGAACCUUGGACUCUGCACAGUGGACCAGCUCUCCACCGCGCUGGCUUCCAGGAUGGGUUGGCUUGGGUCUUCAGAGGGGAGAGGUCCUGGGAGGCGCAGUUGCUCUCCUCCGCAGAAUGUUGUGAGCCUUGCCACCCAUUUCCUCUGAGCCCACUGCCCAGGCCUACCCCUCCAACGUUGGUGUUCAUUUGACGCCAUCUUGGUUUUUGUUACUGUUGUUUGUGGAAAGAUCUUACUAGGGAGCCUAACUGGCCUGGAACUCCCUAUGCAGCCCAGGCUCGCCUGGAAAUUGCUAUGUAGCCUAGGUUGGCCUUAAAAAUCAUGAUCUGCCUGAGCCUCCUAAGUGCUGGGCUUAUAGACAUUAGGCCCAGCUCAGCACUUCCUGUUGCACUAACUCCAGGGCCCUGAGUUUGGUCUCCAGCCGGAAGGCCCCCAGGACUUUUCCAGGCUGUGCACCAUGACGCCCACCCGAGCAUUGCCACUGGAACUCAGAAGCCUCUCAGAAGCGGUGAAGUUAAGUGGGCAGUAUGUCCAGGGCCCUGCAAGGUUCCUGACUGGGUAGUGGGUUUUUAUUUUGUGUGGCCCCCCGCUGGCCUUCCUAGGGGUCUAGUCCAAGAAGACUGAUCGAUGUGUAGUCAUAAUUACAUCCUAAGCAAAGUUCCUAGCUUUUUGCCCACAACAUACUCAGUUCUUUAAAUUUAAUAUGUCCUCUUUUUUCUGACUUUUCUGCCAAAAGGUGUCAUUUUCUUUGUAUUUUUAUUCUCAUCACUGUUCUUAUCUGACACCGAGUGUUCCCACUUAGUAUUUAUCUUAUUAAUGUUUUCUAUUAUUUAUUAGCUUUUGAUGUUAAAAACAAGCCAAAAUUUGAUGGCAUUGUAUAAGAAGUUAUAUUUUAGCAGCAUUUAAGCAUUUGUUUUUAAAACAAAUACUGAGCCCAAUUUAAGCCAGUUCAUUAAACUAAAUAAGUUCACUUAAAUCAUAUGCCUUUGGGACCUCAGAAAAUCAGUUUAUGCUCUGGUUUUGGUUUGUGACAAGAGUGUCAGUGUCCUGUAGCUUGGUCUAUCCUUGAACUAACUGUGUAGCUGAAGCUGCCCCACGUGUGUGCCACCAUGCUUGGUCAUAAUCAACUUAUUCUUAAAAUGAUUUAUGAUACAACAUUAGGUGUUUCCUUUUUUUUUUUUUUUUCAAGACAUGGUUUCUCUGUGUAGCCCUGGCUGUCCUAAAUUCAUUGUGUAGACCAGGCUGGCCUCAAACUCAGCAAGAUCCACCUGCCUCUGCCUCCCAAGUGCUGGGAUUAAAGGUGUGCACACCACUGCCUGGUCUAAUUUCUCUACUUUAAUUAUUGGACUGAAAUUACUAUUUUAAUUAUUUCUAUUUUUGUAAGCUGCUUGCUUUUACUUCUCCAACUUUUCAGAGCAUUUUGUUUUAGAGACUUGUGGAGUUCUGAUUUUCAAAUGUUUCUUACCCAUCUCAGAGCUCCUAGAGCUCUUCUGACCUCUGUAAAUAUUUUAUAUUUGAUAAUUUAGGGUUUGCACCCAUUUUCUUGAGAUGCUGAGGACUGGACCUAAGACCUUAUACACGCUAGGCAAAUUCUCCACACUGAGCCAUUUUCUCAGCCCUGUAUUUAUAUAUUGAAUUGAUUUUCAGUUUACACCAGAAUUGCUGAGGCUGAAGUUUCCAUUGACCCUCAUUUACUUGACCUCUAUAAACACCCAGACAAUUGGUGUAGUGACACACCUUCAAUCUCAGAACUCAGAAGGUUGAGGUGGGUGGAUCUCAGUACGUUUGAGGCCAGCUUGUUAUAUGUAGUAGAUUCCAUACCAGCCAGGGCUACAUAAUGAGACCUUGUCUUAAAAAAUAUGGCAGGGUUGGAGGUGGGGGUGUUUGGUGAGAAGGCUCAGCAGUUAGCACACUGGGUCUUCUGGAGGACCCAAGUUGAAUUUUCAGCAUCCAUAUGGUGGCUCACAACCAUCUAUAACUCCAGUUCCUGGGUGUCUAGGCCCUUUCCUGGCCUCUGUGGGCACUGUACUAAGGUAGUACACAGACAUAAACACAGGCAAAACACUCAUACACAUAAAAAUAAAAAUGAAUGAAUUAUUGUGGGUGCAGAGCCCCUGACUGGACCACAGGCCUUGCUUUUCCACUAGACAGGAAUACAUGCAGUUUUUAUUGUUACCUGCUUUCUCACAUUUUUCACUAAUCUAGAAAGCUGUCAAACUUAAAAGACUUGUACUGUUUUUUUGUUUUGUUUUUUAAGCCACCAUUUAGGUUGUAAUUCUCUAUAGAACUACCUCGAAGGUGGCCAGAUCGUCAGUAGCUCUCUUCAGGUUUAUGUGGUAGAGUUAUUAUGUCAAGCAUGAGUGCCGAGCAUGAGUGCCGAGCAGUCCUUACGGUUCUUUCCCCACAGUGUUUACAUCAGGCCAGAAAGCGUGCAAAAUAAAAGGUAAUUUUUGUGUUUAGAUUCUUACGUGGGCCUGCUGUGUGUCUAUAAUCCCAGCACAUGGAUGAUGGCAGAAAGAGCAUGUCAUCCUUAGCUACAGACCAAGUUCAAGGCUUAGCUUGACAGGCCCUGUCUCAGGAAAGAAAAAGAAGAAAAGGAGCUCUUUAUGACUCCCCUCGUUGCAUCCCUUUCUGACUGUGCUGUUAGCUCGCGUUAGGUGUGUUAGUGAUUGUGCGUUAGGUGCAGUGUUGCAUGGUACAGUACUACAGACAAAAUGGCUGCUGCUUGUAGGCUAGGUCGUUUUAUUGCAUGGGAUUUGCCAGCACUAUUCAGGACUAAGGAAACAGUCCGUGGACACAUGGACACGUUGACCAGUGACAUGGCAAGAACCAACCAAACAGAAGGUUCCCCUGUAGACUGGUAUCCACUAGUUUGCCGCUUGGCUGCUCUGCAGUAGCUGCCUGGCCUUGUUUCCUGUGUGAAGAGGCCAGAGCACCUCUGCUGUGCGUCACACCGCAGCGCUGGCCGUGUGGUCAACAGCUUAUAAGCCAAACUGGAGAGAAGGCUCAGCAGUUAAGGCACUGGCUGGUCGCUGUGCGUGGUGGUGCACACCUUUAGUCCCAGCCCUCAGGAGUCAGAGGCUGGAAGAUCUCUGAGUUCAAGGCCAGCCUGGUCCACAGAGUGAGUUCCAGGACAGCCAGGGCUACACAGAGAAACCCUGUCUUGGGGUGUGGGUGGGAUAGCACUAUCUGCUCUUCCGGAGGAUCGAGGUUCAAAUCCGAACACCUAAAUUGUGUUUCACAACCAUCUGUCACUCCAGUUCCAGGGGAUCCUGACACCCUCUUCUGGCCUCUUUGGGCACUGCAUGCAAUUGGUGCACAGACAUACAUGCAGACAAAACAACAUAAAAAUUAAAAAAAAAAAAAAAAGGUUUUUAAAAAAAAGUUUGUAAGCUGAAGACGGAAGGAGAAGAAGUUCCACGCAUAAUUUUACCUUUUAGAUGUUGUCAUUAUGGGCUCUGACAAACGGUCACCAAUUAGGAGUCAUGGUGUACACUGUAAUCUUGGCACUCAGGAGGCCAAGGCAGGAAGAAUGCAAGCAUGAGGCUACUCGGACUAACUGAGUUUCAGGCUGUCCUAGACUACAUAGUGAGACCUUAUCUUAACAACAGAAAACAAUGUGGUCCCUGCCUGACCCUGUGGAGCAUCUCAAGGAAGAUAACAGACUCCUGCUUACAAAGUGAAAGUGUGGAUUUGCAGCAAAAUACAACUUUGUGAUGUGAAACUCAGUGAUUUGGUGAUGUUUGGUUAGUGUUCAUAUGACUCCUAAAUAAAAUUAAUAACUGAUAAAGAGGAA